UGGGCAAAGUUUUGGGCUCCUCCCCGAGAAUGUGCAUUUUUUUUUAAAGGAGUCGUGUGGCAAACAUUAGUGUAUCGUUGGGCUUGGCUGGUGAAGAGACUGCAGUAGGCUGCCACAAUGAAAUCCCUGCCUGUGUUCCUGCUUGUGACCCUCUGUGCCUGUUGGGUUCUGGGGGUACCGACCAAAGAGAAGAAGGAGCGUGUCCAUCACAGUAAGGACCUCAGUGACCACCAGCACGAUGACCACAAGGGCUUCCAGUAUGACCAUGAGGCCUUUCUAGGCAAGGAAGAAGCCAGGACCUUUGAUCAGCUCACUCCGGAGGAGAGCAAACUUAGACUGGGGAAGAUAAUUGAUCAAAUGGACAAAGACAAGGACAAAUAUAUCACAUCACAUGAACUCUAUGCCUGGAUAAAGUAUGUGGGUAAGCGCUGGAACGUAGAAGAUUCAGAGAAACAGGGGAGAAAGUACGAUGCCAACAAGGAUGGGAUGAUCUCUUGGGACGAGUAUGCUAAGGGGGUGUAUGGACACCUGCUAGGCAAAGAAAUCAAAGGGAAAGAAUUAUAUGACGUGGCAGAUAAGGACAAGGAGCGCUACAGGAAGAUGAUGAAGCGGGAUGAGCGGCGGUUCAAGGUGGCAGAUAAGGAUGGUGAUAUGAUUGCCACCCGGGAUGAGUUUACCGCGUUUCUGCACCCAGAGGAAUAUGACUACAUGCAGGAUAUUGUCAUAACUGAAACCAUUGAGGACAUUGAUAAGAAUGACGACGGCAUUGUGGAUGUGGAUGAGUACAUAGCUGAUAUGUACACUCCUAAAGAAGAUGAACCAGAACCAGAUUGGGUCAAGACUGAGCGUGAGCAGUUUACAGAUUUCCGUGACAUUAACAAAGACGGGAAAAUGGACCGAUCGGAAAUCAGCCACUGGAUCAUCCCCCACGAAUAUGACCUUGCUGACCUGGAGGCCAAGCACCUGAUCUUCGAAUCAGACAAAGACAAGGACAGCAAACUGACCAAAAAUGAGAUCUUGGACAAUUGGAGCAUGUUCGUCGGUAGCCAGGCGACAAACUACGGCGAAGAUCUGACGCGGCGACACGACGAAUUCUGAUGGACUUGUUCCUUAGUCCCUACAUCUCAGCAUAUUGCUGGUCUUCUUUAACUUGUCUUGUGGCAGCGGAAGCCAAGGGUCUCUGCCGCCAUAUUUAAUUGGUUGUCUUGAAGAUUUUUUUUUUCUUUUUUUAAAAUGUUAUAUUUUCUAUAAAAAAUUAUUACAAAUGUGAAAGGUUGAGGAAUCUAACAAACAUGGAAAUAGGACCAAUGUGGUCAAACAGAGUUGUAUAUAUAUAUAUAUAUAUCCCUACAUUGCUAAGGGCACAACAGACCACUAGUGGGCAGAGCGACCCCUAUACAGUAGAACCCCCAUUUUACAUUUUUCAGGGGUCCAGAAAAAAAUUUAACAAGGGUAACGGGGGAUAGGUAAAAAGGAAAAAAGUUCCAGUGUGACAAAAAAUGUAGGCAGUAAGGUAAACUCACCAAUAACAUCAGGGGGUCCAGGUGCUCAAGCCCCAGACCUUCAGCUCAGGGAGGCAAUGCUUGACAUGUAGAAUUCAGUGGUAAACUGGCACAAAGAUUGGACUUCACUCCAAAAAUUGAUGCAAAUUAAAAAAGUUUUAUUUAUACAAAAAGGAACAUCUCAGAGGGAGGCCU